ACUGUGGAGGGGAAAAAAGCAAAAAGCCUGUCUUGGAAAAAGCUUCGUCUGUCUGCUCGGAGUCAGUGUGGAGUUUAGCACCAGCUCAUGGUGGAACUAUGGCUAAUAAUGAAACACAUCCCCUUUUGGAGAUACUAAAAUCAUUUAACACUGGCGAUAUGAUUUUAGCCUUCUGUUUAUCUAUGCUGGUGGGCCUGCUGCUGGGUGCUCUGGCUUACGUUCUGUUAACCUGGGCAUCCAGACGCCAGGCAACCGCCAGGAUCACCAGGCGCUGCAAGAAGAGAUCCAGAACUUCAAACGCACCCAUGAGCAACCAGAUGGGCCUUUACAGAAGCACUUUUCUGAGCGUCUACAGACAGCCCUCUCUGGAGCCAGUGGGCCCUCUGGGGAGUAAGCCCGGCUUAGAGACCUCCACCUUUCGUCCACUGCCUAAGAGAAGCAGGGCUGGCCUGGACAUGGGAGAGGACACUCUGGUCGCCACGACUGAGGACACAGCAGCUUCGAACUCGUCAGAUUCAGCAUCCCUCGUGCCAAAACAAGAGACGAACAAGAGACACUCCUUCUGGUUGGGCAACAAUGGACUUAAAGGGUUCCUGCCCUCACAGACUCCCCCUCCUGCAUACGACAGUGUCAUCCAUGCCUUUGAAGAGACUUGCACUUGAAUCUGUCUGCGUAAAUACAACAAGAACUGAAAAAGGAGAACAUGCUGGGAUGACACAGGCUGUGCUCUGCUUUUUAUCAAACCAUUUCUGAGACUUUACAGUCUACAGCAGUGUGUCCUUAACCGAACAAGAUACUUCCACAACCAUCAAGUCUCAGCUCAGUAUUAUAUUAUGAGAUAGAGAUCAGGGUGAAACUAACGAUAACUGUCAUGAUCGAUUACAGAGGGAGACCAGGGUUGGUUUGCGCACUUUUCUCUCUCUGACGUAUUCCUCUGGCAUAAUUUAUUUUAGUAUAUUCUGGCCUGCAGCAAAAGAAAGGUUAAAGGUCCAGUGUGUGGGAUUUAGGUGUACAUACUGGCAGAAAUGGAAUUUAAUAUAAUAAAUAAUAAUAUAUUUCUUUAGUGUAUAAUCACUUGAAAAUAAGAAUCGUGUUUGGUUACCUGAGAAUGAGCUGCUUAUAUAUAUAUAUAGGGAGCGGGUCCUUGCCUAUGGAGAUCGCCAUGAUGCACCGCCAUGUUUCUACAGUAUCCCAAAAUGGACAAAUCAAACACUGGGUCUAGAUAGAGCCAUUUAUAUUUUGGUAUUUUCACGUUUUCGCUUUGGCAACAGUAGUUCGCAGCCCCUCGGGUAUAAGCGGUGUCAGAAAAACAAACUAUUUUAACAUUAAUUUCAUGCAGUAUUUCCACCAGUUCAAAUCAGGUGGUCUGUUUGUUUCGGAGAGGAAGAGACCUCUGUGGAUAAUUCCGCUCCUGAUAAAAACCUCCUGAACAUCUGGAUCUUAAGUAAUCAGAGGAAAAAGGUGAGCACACUCUUUUAGGUGCUGGGCCAGUGUUCAGUGUUUUUACUAGUUUUAAUUAUCGGGUCUGUUUGUUUUGGAGAGGAAGAGACCUCUGGGGAUAAUCUGCGGCUCCCUGUAAAAACAUCCUGCAUAAUUAACACUGGAGGAACUCUAACCAGUAGAAGUUUUAGCUGUUUACAUACUGCAAUUGUCACCACUAGAUGCCACUAAAUCCCCCUUAAUUUUACAUGCUCUUCCUUUAAUGUACACAAAUGUUUUCUGUUUUCUUUUAAUCUUUCAGAAUAGUUUUAAUUUCUCAAAAUACAAUUACAGUUACAACUGUUACCUUUUCAGAAAUCAGUGUGCCAACCAACCCUGCUUACACUGGACCAAACAUGAUGAGAUUAUGUUAACCAGCUUCAGUCACUCAUUAAGCUGAUUCCUAUGUCUAUAAACAAAAGUAAAAAUUUUCCAAUAUCUCUGUCUGACACCGUAAUAAACGGCUAUGUUUAGUCUACAGAUCAUUUUUUUCACCCUCAGAAGGCGACUAUAAAAACUAAAAAAGAUGUCAUCCUCACCAAAAAAUGUCAGUGACUUUCAAAUGCUUUCAUCUCAAAUGAGUGCAUGUGAAGAAAGCAAACGGGUUUGUGUUAUAUUUUUGUUUCUGUGACCCUCAUAUAACAACAAAAUAGCUGUGUGCCAACCAACCCUGGUCUCCCCCAAAGUGCAUGUUAGUUUCUUAAUAAACUGAUUAGUUAUUUUCUCUGUGAUAUGUCACAGAAUAAGAAAAAACGUCCAAGGUGAUGUCUUUAAAUUUCUUGUUUCGUCCAAAUGUGAAAAAAACAAGUGACAAAUCCUAACACUGGAGCAAAUGUAACAAGCAAACAAUUAAUGAUUAAUCAAUGAAAUGACUUAUCAUAGCAGGUUUAAUAUAUUGUUUGUAACCACUAUAGAACAUCUCUUGAUCCAUGAUGUAGCCUACUGAAGAGAAGAGAAUAGGAGAGUAGAUUUUGCUGUGUUGGUGUGAAGACAAUGAAACACCGUGUGCUGGAUAAUUAUAUUAUCUAAUAUCACAAUAAAGAUGUAAUAAAAUA